GGAAUAACUCUAAAGCGAGAGAAGCAUCAGCAACCGCCUACCUUAGGAUCAAACGCCGGCUUGUAUUUAUUCAUCGUUUCGAAAAGAUAGCGAGCUAUAAUAGCUUCAUCUUUGCACCUCGGCUCUCAGAUCCGCGGCGGCCGUGGCCACGAAAAUGGCAGAGCCGAUCUCCUUGGCCGCCAGUGUCUUGGCCCUCAUUCACCUUGGCGCGAAGGUUUACCAGCUUUGCGAUGACUACUGUAAUGUGGUCAAGGAGAGCGAGCAAGAUUUCAAGAAACUGGGGGAUGAGAUUAGGGCUUUCGACCAGCAGCUGAAAGAAAUUCAAAGCCUUGCGGAACAAGGCGAUGACAGCAAUCCGCAAUACCCUGAACUACUUGAAUGGACAAGAGGCAAAAGUUUGAAAGAUUAUACCGCAGGUCUGGAAGAGCUUGAGGCCAAAUUAAAUGUUCCGGGAUGGAGGAAAUCGUCGCGGAAGCUGCUUUGGCCUUUUCGCAAACCGAAAAUGGAGCGUUACCUGGGCUUGGUGGAAGAGCAGAGAUCGAAACUGCAUCUUUUGCUAACCACAGCGACAACGUAGGUUAUCUAUUCUUCAAUCCUUAAGAAUCUUCUCCGCCUCCCUUUCGUUUUCGUGGCGGGACUAACCAGUUGUUUAGGAAAACGGUAACUAAGGUGUUGCGAAAACUAGACGGUACUUGGUCGCCUUAUCCCUAACCCUGACAAUUUUUCUCUUUACUAAUACCAGAUAUUCCUAACCCCUAGAGAAGGAACUCCGAGAAGUGCAGAGGUGGCUCAACGUCGUUGAUCCAGGUUCUAAUUAUUCAGCGGCAUUGGCUGUUCGUGAACUCGGCACUGGAGGUUGGCUGAUCGGGGGACAAGAGUACAUGGAUUGGAAGGAAGGAAGAGGGGGGGUUCUGUGGCUCCAUGAUAUACGUAUGUCAGGAGAUGAGUGAAACCUUAUGCUCCGAAGAGUGUCACUAACAUUUGUGUCCUCUAGCCGGAUGUGGCAAGAGUGUACUGAGGUGCGAACCUAACCGGGUAUCUAGAGGUGCAAUAUGACUUCUUAACUUACUCUUUAGCGCUACCGCUAUUGAAGAUGUCCAACAUCUUUGCAACGCGAACGAUGAUUAUGCAUUAGCUUAUUUCUACUUCACCUUCAGCGACUCCGAGAAGCAGGAAUUGCACAAUAUGCUCCUAUCCCUUAUUGGCCAACUUCCGAAAAAGCCUUCGGAUCGGGGUUUUCCGGGUGCGGUUGUAGAUCUCUACAAUAGCACCAAGGCAACUGGAAAGUCGGCGAAUACCGCAGCUCUGAAGGAUCUGUUGUCGCAUAUUAUAAAGUGUUUCAGCAGGACGUUUAUCGUUCUCGAUGCCUUGGAUGAAUUUCCCAAAGACACACGAGAGAGUCUCCUAAGUUGGAUCGGUGAGCUUACGGCUGAUCAUAAGGUUGGCUCGCUCUCGGUUCUCGUCACGAGUCGUCCCGAGGCCGAUAUAGUGCGAUCACUAGGACCACUAGCCGCUUUUCCAAUACCGCUACAAUCCAAAACUGUCGAUCAGGAUAUUCGGACAUAUGUCCAGAAAUCUCUAGGCGGCAAGGAUGGCUUCAAGAAGUUUACGAAAGAAAUAAAGAAUGAGAUAGAGGACACACUAGUUUCUCGUUCGCAGGGAAUGUAUGUUAUGCUCCAAUAUUCAGAUUUUGAUUUACGCUGAUACAAGGGUGGGGGUGUUCAGGUUCCGAUGGGUGGAUUGUCUUCUCCGAAUUCUACAGGAAUGCAUAACACCAAACGAUGUGAGAGCUGCCUUGGGAGAACUUCCGAAAGACUUAGAUUCUGUCUACUUGAGGAUCCUUGAAAGCACCCAUGAGAAGCAGGGGGAAUAUCUUCGGCGAGCUAUGCAUUGGCUCGCAUUCUCGGCAGUACCCUUGACGUUAGGCCAGCUUGCGGAGGCCGUCGUGAUCGAAUACGAUGUGGACAAAUAUGGCGAGGAUCCUGGGACUAGGGCUCUUUUUGAUAAGAGUUGCUUCAUGAGCAUUUGCCCUAGCAUUAUUUCCUUCGAGGAUGCCAGGCACGAUGAAUCCCCCAGGAAAACCGCCGAUUACGGCUGGCACAUUUCUCGGUAAAGGAAUAUUUGAUCUCCGACCGGGCAGCUCAGGGUCCCAGUGCCAGCUAUCAUAUUUCGGAGAAUAAAGCCAAUUUGCUGAUGGCGCAUUCUUGCCUUAGUCGAAUACUGCGACAUAGUGCACAAGGGACUAUACACGGGGGCACGGUUGCGGAAACAUCAUUUCUCUACCAUAGUGCUCGCUAUUGGUUUGUGUAUACCAGAUGUAUUGAGGAUACAACACCCACACCACUCUCCGAAGCGGCGGUGAAGGUUCUUGAGCUUGGCAAGGGCUGGUUAGAUGUAUAUAACCCCGACGUCUCUCACCCCCGCUCCCGGAUUUACCCACCAGAAAUCUACUAUUCCUCCUUGCUAAAUUUAGUGACGGCCUCUAAAUUCCUAGUCAAUGGAAAAUUAGAUACAGUAAACGUCAAUGCUCAGGGUGGCUGGUAUGGCAGUGCACUCCAGGCAGCUGCAAAAAAUGGAAACGAAUCGGUUGUGCGGCUUCUCCUCGAGCGUGGGGCAGAGGUGAAUGUGCAGGGUGGCUAUUAUCGCAAUGCACUCCAAGCAGCUGC